AUGGAGGCAAGUUCCAAAAGAGGAAGAAAAUACAACGAACAAAAAACAAUGCAAUCCAAAUGUUUCUAAAGUCCAAUGAGCUUCAUGUUUGCACAAGUUAGGAUGGUUAAACGAGCAAUAGAGUGUGUAGAGAAACAUGUCAGUAGUAUGAAAGUGCGGUGAGAAGAACCUUAUAUCAGGUGUCGACAAGUGGUGUUUCCCAAUAGAUAGUUAAGUUUCUUUUUUUUUUUUUUACAAUCAAAUAAGCAAAAGAGGGGAGAUACAGAUUAAAUACCCUUCCUUGCUGCAACGACAAGGUUAUGGGCCUCUGCUACUUUACAUCUCUUUACUUUCUUAAUUGAAAAAUAGGUAAAAACCCUAGUGUAAGACUUGAGUUGUUCCACCACUUGCUUUACCUCCCUUUUCGCGUUGCUUCCGUCUUCGUAAGCUCUUACGAGGUCCAAGGAGUCAAGGAGAAUGGUGAUGCUUUUUCCAGCCAGAUUAGGAUUCUUUACAACUUUGAGUGCUGCAAUAGGUUCUACUUGUGUUGGGGAUAUUGCAAAGACCGGUGCUUGGCCUCUAUCAAUUACCAUGAUGCGAUUAUUGCCUAUACUUGUUUAAUGUAAUUUACUAUUUUAUUCAUGUUUUAUCAUGAAGAAAACAUAUAUUUUCUCUUAUCUUUCUUUGUUUUGUUUUUAGUGUCUUUUUUUUUUUUUUUGUUUGUUUGUUUUUUUGGAGAGAGUCCCACUUCAUCAUGAUAAACAAAAUCAUUUACUUAAUGAGUAAUGACAUCUCUAUAAAUAAAUCAACAAAAUUUCUCAAUCAACAUAGCAUUUUCGUAAUUAAUCAUUCACGACACCCACAUUUGUUAACACUCCCUCCGUUUCUUUAAUUACUUAAAACCUAUUUUUUUCACGAAAAUUAAGAAAGUUGGUGGAAAUACACAAGUGCAUGUGGGGUUAGAGAGAAAAGAAAAAAAGUAGUUGAGAAUAAUUGAAGAGAGAGAGAGAGAAAGUGUUAGAAAUUGAAAAAAAAAAUCAUUAUUAGCACAGAGUAUAAAAAAAAUGAUGACAACUCAUUAAAAAGUGGAGAAUAUUCUCAAAUAGUACAACCUUAAAAUAGAAAUAAGUUCUUAAUUUUGAUUUGCCAAAAAAAUAAUACUAUGUCCUUAAUAAAAAAGACGCAGGGAGUAACUUAUUUAUAGAAGUGUCAAUAAAUAAAUACUAAUCAUUCCUAUUUCUAUUUUGGAAUUGCAUGUAAAGACCAUUACGCCCUCACUUUUUUAACUUUUUUUAUCCACCUCUCUCUAACUUUAGUCUGAUUAUAUUUUUCACUUUUAUUAAUGUAUUUUAUUCAUUUUUUCCUCCUAUUUAUUACGAGUAAAUAUCAUGGGAUUGAAGGGAUAAUUUUUAUUAUUAUUUUUUUAAUUUUUACAAUGAAGAUCAACUUCUUUGUGUUAUGGGCUAAAAACAAAAACAAAAUUGUUCUAUUCACUUGAAACAAUCCCCACCACCACAAAACUCCCCACCACCACCAUCCACAAAUCACAACACCACCAGCUCCGCAGCUCGCCACCCCACUUCCCGUGAACAUUCAUUUGGGUCUGUUCAGAAGUUCGCGCAAUUGGGUAAAUCAUAAACAAAAAAUUCCAUGGAAGAAAGUUCUAAUCAAACUGGGAAUUUCCAUCAUUUUGAGAAUUUGUUUUAUGAGGAAGGUGAGAAUGAGGAGGAUGCCGUAGCGGAGGCGGAAGCCGAGGAGGAGGCAGAGGCAGAGGCAGAGGGGUGUGAGGGUCAGAAUACUGUCAUAGAUAUAGAGACUGAUUGUAGGAAUAAUGGGUUUAGUAGUGAAGUUCCUCCACCAUCAGUUGGCAUGGUAUUUCCCACUUGGAAAGAUGUUGAUGUGUAUUAUAAACGAUACGGGAGGCAGGAAGGGUUUCGUGUUGUUCGUUCCUCCGGUGCUUACAAGCAACAAGGAGGACAGACGACAAGAGAGAGGAGGAAUUAUAGUUGGAAGUGUGAGUUUAAUGGCAAGGUUGAUCGUAGGCGGAGGGUCAAUGGUAAAAGGGUUGUUGUAGGGGAGGAUGUUAUUCACUUUGGCUCUAGGAAGUCCAAGAAAUGUGAUUGCCCGGCUAUGAUGUAUGCCACUGUGAGUAAGGAGGGGGAGUGGGAAAUUAAGAAGGCUGUGGUUGAGCAUAAUCACAGUCUAAAACCCUGUCAAGAGGACGACGUGCCAAACCAUGUGGAAAGUAAGCCUUUGAUUGAUCAUGCUUUGGGGGUGAACAUACCCCAAAUGCAUAGUAGCUUGGGUGUUAAUGGGGUGGAGAACAUGACAGGUACACAUAUGGAUUUUUGUAAUGUCAUCGAUAAAGAGAGGAGAUUGAAGUUAAGGGACGGUGAUGCAAAUGCCAUGUUGAAAAUUUUCAGUAUAAUGGCUGCGGAUAACCAGAAUUUUUUUCAUAUGUAUAGGCUUGAUCAAUUUGGUGUGUUGAAGGAUGUUAUGUGGGUUGAUGCACGAAGUAGAGUAGCUUAUGAGGAGUUUGGCGAUGUUGUUUGGUUUGAUUCAACAUAUUUCACCAAUGAGUACGAGUUGCCAUUUGUGACUUUCGUCGGUGUUAAUCAUCAUGGACAAUCUAUAUUGCUUGGUUGUGCAUUGAUAUCUAACGGAAAUGUAGAGACGUUUCAGUGGUUAUUCAGUACAUGGUUAUUAUGUAUGGGUGGGAAAGCCCCUAAUGGUAUCUUGACUGACCAAGAUGUUGAAAUGAGGAAGGCCCUCUCAGUGGUAAUGCCGCAAUCUCGACAUCGUUGGUGUUUGUGGCACAUACUCAAGAGGUUCACUGAGAAUCUGGGAACUUAUGUAAGGUAUAAAGAUUUUAAGGAGGUUUUACAUAAUGCUAUAUAUGAUAGUUUGACGCCUGAAGAAUUUGAGGAUAGUUGGAGUUCUGCAGUGAAGGAAUUUGGACUCGAAAGCAAUGAUUGGCUUGCAGGAUUGUUUCAAGAGAGGGAAAUGUGGGUACCAGCCUAUAUGAAACAGUUUUUUUGGGCUGGCAUGAAAAUAACUCAACGCGUAGGAAGUAUUAACAGUUACUUUGAUGGGUACUUGCAAAAGCACACCCGAUUGUUUGAGUUUGCAGCACAAUAUUGUGAAGUUAUGGAAUCAAGGGUGAAUGAUGAAAGUGAAGAUGAUGCAAACACCAGUCGCUAUGUAAGGCAAAUUAUUACUGAGUUUCCUGUUGAAGGUGUGUUCCAAAAGUUGUACACAGAUGCAAAGUUCAAGGAAGUCCAAUUAGAGUGCACAAGGGUGUUAUAUAUAAAUGGUGUAGAAAAGAAGGUUGUAUCAGACCAUGUUGUGGAGUACACACUAGAAGAUAGAGUUUGGGUGCUAUGCACAUCCACGAAGAAGGAAUUCCCUACCAAGAAGCGGUGUACUUACAAGGUUGUGUUCAAUCUCGAAUGUAAUAAAGCUUGGUGUGACUGCAAACUCUUUGAAUGCCACGGAAUAAUGUGUAGGCAUCUCAUUAAGGUUUUUGACAUCUAUGAUAUAGCUGAGGUCCCUGAGAUGUACAUUUUGAGGCGAUGGAGAAAGGACAUACAAAGGAGGCAUACUCAAGUAAAAGUUGCUUAUCACAAUCCUUGUAAAACCAAAGAGGUGCAAAGGUAUGAUAGAAUGAUGGCCGCCUUUGAAUCCAUUUGUCUAAAAGCAUCUACAUCUGAGAACAACCUAAAUAUUGCUAUGGAGUUGAUCCAAUUGAUGGACAUCCGUUUAGAUGAGAUCAAUGUCAUGGCAGGAAGGACCCAAAAUGGUGAUUCACUGACCCGAACUCCAUCAUGUGUGGGAAAUAAUAGGUUUUCAAACAUAAAAAAUGCAGCUUCUGGAAGUAAAGGUUUUGAAAAUUGCACCAAACGGAAGGAGGUGUCACCCCCUACUGAACAAGAGAGCUAUACACAGGAUCUUUCAUCAAGUAGUACACAACAUGUCAAAAAUCCAGUAGCUCGGAAGAAAGCUAAUAACUCUUGUGAGGUUUCCGCAAACUUGCAGCCAUCAACUGAUAUGGCUAUGGUAGACCAGCCACUCAUUGGCAAGCUUAUCCCCAAUCUGUUCAUGGAUAAUAGACAGGUGGGUUCAACCUAUAAUACAGUUGGAGGUGAAGCCAACCUAAUCUUCAGGAAUGCUAUGUAGAUUAAAAGGAACUGAGUUGCUUCACAAAGAGUAAAGAACUUUUUGGAAUUAGUCAGGGUUCGAUCCCAUUUUAACCAUUGCUGUGGCAGUGUAUAAUGCGUCUGAUGGUUCUGAUUAGGUUAUGAGGCUUUGGUAAUGUGUAUUUAGGGUUGUAUGUAUGCUUAUGUAAUUAUGUCAGUAGUUGCCGUGAUGCGCCUGGGCGUAUGGUAGUUUUGGUAAUACUUUUUGUCCACAGAACUAGUGAGUUAAUUGAAGCAUAGUACUAUAGGACACUUCUGUGUCAAAAGAAUGGGUGAAAUACCAGCAUAAUUUAAGUGGAUCAAUAGCAAAAUUAGAUGUCAUGUAAUAUCAAGGUGGCCCUGGGAAUGUACAGGAAUUUGGGUGUUACCCCUGUUGCUUUACUAUCAACUGGUGUUUAUGUCAA